AUGAGUGCUGGAUCCGUGGAGGAAUGGGCGCAGAAGGAUAGCCUCCAAGCCCUGUUCAACCGCAUAGACUCCAACUGCGAUGGAACCCUGAGCACAGACGAGCUGCGGCGUGCGCUGUGUGCCAUUGGCUUAAAAAGCGCAGAUGUCACCACGAUCUACAAAAUCAUGGACACCAACUGUGAUGACCGAGUGUCGUACACAGAGUUCGUGAAGUGGUUGUUCCAUGGCUCGUCGGAGGCCCAGGUCAUAACGAAGAAAGUAAUGGGUGGUCCAGCCACGGCUUCCGAAGCCAUGGACGAGUUUGUCUCCUACAUCCAGGAGCUGAAGGACACCCCUCCCGCGGAAGGUGAGAAGCCCACGAAGCUUCGGGACAUCUUUCGAAAGAUGGAUGAAAACGGAAGCGGGAAGAUCUCCUUCACCGAGUUUCAUUCGAGCUGCAAAUCUCUCGGCUUUGAUAUGACCGACGAGAUGCUGAAAGAAGUGUUUGAUCAAAUUGAUGUCCAGAAGGCCCGAAAGAAGAAGAAGAAGCCGUUGACGGAGGAGGAGCAAGAGGAAAUUAUUGCUGAAGCAAAGGCGAGACAAGCCGAAGAUCCCUCUGUGGAGAUUCCGGAGUUCAUGGAUGGCUUUCCGAAAGGAGACAUUUCCUGUUGGCUCACCCAUGAAAAGGUCUACUAUUGCGGCUCCAACAAGAAGUAUCUGAAGCAGCGGCGGCUCAUCUAUGAUCCUUAUGCGUCGACGAACCGGGAUUUCGAGAUCACCUUUGCCGAGUUCAAGAAGGCCUUCAACGCAGUUAUCCCUCACAAGAAGUAUCAGCAAAUCGGGCUUAACUACAGCUUCCUUAGCGAGAGCGUUGAGAAGGAGCCCUACAAGCCUGGCAGAUACUAUCUCGGCGUCACGAACCGGUUCAUCAAGUUUCCUCGAACAGUGCAGUCCAUCAGCUUCAUCGACGAUUGGGCAGAGGGCCUCCAGGGUCCGGCGUUACAGAGCCGGACGAAGGACGGCCUCACCGUUCACUUGGAAGUGUCUUUCCAGUACAAGCUGAUCUUCAACCAGCUAUACAAUUUGUGGGCAACUCUUGGCCACGACCACUACGAGACGACCUUCACGCGGAUGGCCAUGGAGCAGCUGUCGACAGCCACGACGCAUCACAAUGCGCACUUCUUCUUCAGGAAUCGUACCUACGUGAGCACAGAGAUGCAUCGAAAGCUUGAUGAGCAUUUCCGAAAGCACGCGUUUGCAGAGGUGCCUUUCUUCCAGCUGCGCACCGUGCACCUGCCGGACGAUUUUGAGGAUGCCAUUAGAGAGACCCAGGUGCAAGAGCAGCACAUCCACAUAGCACGCUUGGAGCAGCAGAAGAAGAAGGUGACGUUCGCGACAGAGGUGCUCAAAGCAGAGCAGGCAGUCAAGAAGAUCAACAAUGAAGCUGGGGGCGAGGCCACGGCAACGCUGACCAAGAACCGGGCGUAUUGUGAACAGUACAAGUUUACCCAAGAGAUCCAAGCAGAUGCCCUCGAGCACCUUGGCUUCUUAUUCGGGCUACUGACAAGCUGUGCUGAGAUGCAGAUGCUCUGCUGCAUCCCGCAUCCAUCCGCUGUCUGUACGAUGAACACGACGGCCUUCGAUGUCGAGAGUCUCAGCCCAGGCUACCCUCCUGACAGCCCUCCAGUGCCGCGAUUCGUCAAGUCCAAGGAUUCGAAGAUCGUGAAGGCGGUGAAGAGGGAGGAAACGCUCGAGUCCGUCAGCCAAGGCAGUACAGACGCGAGUCGACGAUGUCGAGGAGUCUUCUCUAACUGGUCGGACGACGAGAAUUCCGAGCUGGAUUUGGGCUUGGAUGGCUUGAGCUUGCGUGGACCCCCAGGACUUUGUCAAGCCAAGGCGCCACCAGUUCCGGUUGCAAGCCAUGCAAGCCCGACCAGUCCAGAAUCGGGACGUGAGAUUUUCCGUCGUCUCGAAGAGCUCGAGACUUUGAAGGCGGCGCUGUCUCAGUUGGAGGCGGAGCAGAGGAUUGCGAUCGCUCAGGCAAACGCGCGGCCAGACCCGGUGCCAUACACCUAA